CUACGGAGCUGCUAAAUUGGUCUCUAUUGGGGCAACGUACGUAGGCGAAGGCUUACGCAUUAUUUCUAUAACUAUUCGAGUGUUGCAAAGAAAUAGUCAUGCGCUUGCUUACGGUCGUACUUGUUGCUAUAGCUGCUCUUAACAUAGUUGUUGCGGCACCUUCGAAUGAAGCUUCCACUACCGAGUUACCAGAGGAAGAUCAUUGUGAUCACAAGCUAACCAAAUCAAAUAAGUACCUGGACUAUCCAUUCUGGAAGAAGUUCUUCAAGCAUUUGGUACCAUUUACCAGUAGCUCACGUUCCAAGAUGCAGUUCUUUCUAUUCAAACGGGAUUUCCCUGACUGCGGCCGUGAACUGUUUGCCAACGAUGACGAGACCCUGGCACGCUCCGGCUUCGAUGCACGUCAUCCCACAAGAAUUAUUAUACACGGCUGGAUGAGUCAGGGCAAGGGUUCAUUGAAUCGGGAUGUGAAGACCGCAUAUCUCAGCUUAACGAAGCCCAGGCCAAAUGGCACGGAUGACGCAAUGGGUGAGCCCAAAAUGCUGGCACCCCUUUAUGAGGACUUCAAUAUUAUUGUUUGUGAUUGGAGCAAGAUAUCGUCGAAUGUCAACUACUUUGGCGUGGCCGAAAUGGUCGAGGAUCUGGGCUAUUUGCUUGCCGAGUUUGUGCGUUAUCUUCAUAUGCGUGCGGAUCUACGUUUCGACGAUGUCUACCUCAUUGGCCACUCGCUGGGCGCUCAGAUUGCAGGCAGUGCCGGCAAACAGAUCAGGCCGCAUCGCUUCAACACGAUUUUUGCGCUGGAUCCCGCGGGUCCUGCGUUCCGGGAACAAUCCGAUGAAUAUCGCAUAGAUCCCAGCGAUGCACACUAUGUGGAGUCCAUACAUACGAGCAUCGGCCUGGGCUUCGAACAGCCCGUGGGUCAUGCCAGCUUUUAUCCGAACUUUGGAAAAGAUCAAAAGAAAUGCUACGUCUACGGUUGUUCGCAUAAGCGUGCCCAUGAUUACUUUGCCGAGUCCAUCAAUAGCACUAAGGGCUUCUGGGGCAUACGCUGUGAGCGCUUGUCGAAGAAAACUUGGGUGCUGCUAGACAACGAUGGCGAGUACCGCAUGGGCGGUGAGCCCUCAGAUCCAAAGAAUGGCACCUUCUACGUUAAGACCUAUGACACAAAGCCCUAUGCUAUGGGCACCAUGAAAGCGCAGGCUGAGGCUUCCGCACAGCCAGAGAGAGUCACCGAGGUCUACCAUUAAGGGCCGAAAAUGAUCAACUAACUGUGAAUUAUUGGUAAGAACUUGUUUUGGAUUAGUAGUUGC